GUUGCCUCGAGAUUAGUGCCCUCCUCUGCACCUCGGAGUGUUCUUCAAUCGGCCGGGGAGGUGUUCGACGAAAUGCUUCAAUGACGAGCUGCGGACUUGCUGCUCUAGUCCUCCGAUUUGGCGCUGUCCAUACACGUAUAAUCACUCGGGAACUGUGUCUCCGUUCUCAGAAAAGAUUCAAGUCAUCUUCCUCCUCGGUUGUCUGUGGUGUUCAACAGGUGAGUGAGCAGUUGUUGGUGGUGGUGGGUGGUGGAGCGGCUGGUAUCUAUGCUUCGAUUAGAGCAAAGAAAGUGGCUCCUCAUUUGAGAGUGUUGGUUAUUGAGAAGGGCAAACCUUUAUCAAAGGUUAAAAUAUCUGGUGGAGGCAGAUGCAAUGUGACAAAUGGGAAUUUUCUUGACAAAAUAGUUUUGUCUGAAAAUUAUCCUAGAGGCCACAAAGAACUACGAGGGUCUUUCUUUGAUGUUCAUGGUCCACAAGAUACUAUAUGUUGGUUUUCAGAUAAAGGCGUGGAACUUAAGACUGAACCAGAUGGAAGAGUUUUCCCAGUCAGCAACAGUUCAGCCACAAUUGUAGAUUGCCUUCUUCAAGAAGCAAGGAAGAGAGGAGUUAUAUUGCAGAUAGGAAAAGUUGUUUCAGAUGCAUCGUGUAAGAAUGAUGGCAAAUUUGUUCUCAAGGUUGAGAAACGAACUAUUGAUUUUGUUGAAUAUAUUGAGGCAAAUUAUGUCCUAAUUGCCACUGGGAGCAGCCAGCAGGGUCAUAAGCUUGCAGCCCUGCUUGGACAUUCUCUUGUAGAUCCAGUGCCCAGCUUAUUUACUUUCAAAAUCAAUGAUGCCGACCUAGCAAGUUUGUCUGGGGUGACCUUCUCAAAAGUUAAAGCAAAAUUGAAAUUGGACAAUGUUCAGAAGAAUAUUCCACAUCUUACACAGGUGGGACCUAUGUUAGUGACUCACUGGGGUCUUAGUGGACCAGUUAUUCUGCGAUUAUCUGCUUGGGGAGCACGCCAUCUAUUCCUUUCCAGUUACACAGGGAUGCUUUUUGUAGAUUUUACACCUGACAUUCACAUAGAAGAUGUGAAACGAAUACUCUUUCAACACAAAGAUCGGUUUCUGAAGCAAAAGGCAGGCAACUCGUUUCCUUCUGAAUUUGAUCUAGUGAAAAGAUUCUGGAAAUUUCUAUUGGAACUUGAGUCUAUAGAUGGGGAUAAUUUAUGGGCUUCCAUUUCAAAUAACACCCUGAAUUACAUUGCUCUACUGCUAAAGCAAUUCCCAUUUAAGGUGGCUGGAAAGGGUCAAUUUAAAGAUGAAUUUGUCACUGCCGGUGGAGUUCCCCUUUCAGAGAUUUCUCUUAACACCAUGGAAAGCAAGAUAACAACUAAUCUAUUCUUUGCAGGAGAGGUACUGAACAUAGAUGGAAUUACUGGUGGAUUCAACUUCCAGAAUGCAUGGACUGGUGGAUAUAUUGCCGGAACAGCCAUCGGCGAACGGGCAAUGGAAGCUUUGUAAUCAGAUUACUGCUUUGUUGAGAUUGUUGAGAACUGAAUUCCUAGUGAAGGCAACAGUAGUACUAUAUCAGGUCAAUUAAAUCAUGUGAAGAUCAGAUGACAGAUCACACAAGGAAAUGGUACAAUGUGCAAUAUCAAACAUGAGUUUAACAUAAUUACCUCCUUGGAUUUAAAACAUAGUGUUAUUUAGUGCCAUUGUAUUGUGCUUCUGUUGAUCCACUGUAUAUGUAUGCCUUUAUUACUCAUUUACUCAGGAAAACUGAGAGCACAAGACAAAAUGUAAAAUGUCAUUAAACAAUUCAUUAUUAAUUAAGUAAAAUGUAAGCAACUCUCUACAGCACAAGAAGAAUGUUUAGUAGAUGCCACAGAUAACUUUGUCAAUGUUACCAAAGAUCAAAUGAUCUAUUGGUAGCCGGGUCCCCAAUAGAAUCUUUCACAAAUUGUGAAAGUUUGAAUUUUGAGUAAAAACGCAUUUUUGAGAAUGUGAGUAAUGGUUAUAUGCCGGUGGUCUCAACGCCCAUGUGUGCGCAGGCCCUAUUUUCAUUUUCUCCGUCAAGGCUUAUG